AUGCCUAAGACUCCGUUGAGUAAACGUCCCAAACUUGUAGAGGCAAAUUUGAAUGCGAAUGAGUUAGAUCACAAUGAUGAUGAUCAGAGGUAUAAUAGGCAAGAAAUCAAGGUAUCUCCUACCACACAAGAUGCGGCAGCUGUUUCGCAUUUGAAUUUUAAGUCUCAAACUCCAAAGAAGUUGAUUUUACGUGAUUAUGACUCAAUUGCAAUUACACCAACCGCUGCAAUGCCUCCCUCAUCUUCAUUACAGGCACCUAGUUUACAUCCGCCAACUGAAUCCUCAUCGAGAGGACGUACAGCGAGAACGUAUUCACAGUCACCUCCAAGAUCACCUGCUAGGUCACCCGCUAGAUCUCCAACUAGAAAGUUAGAAUUGAUUCAAUUAUCUCCAGUUAAAAAUAGUAGGAUAGCAUUGCAAAAAAUAUAUGAAUCCAAGAAUGAAAAACAAAUCGAAAGAUUAUGCAUAGAUAAAUUGGUUUUGCAUGAUUUCAAAUCAUAUGCUGGUACUCAAGUUGUAGGUCCAUUCCAUUCAAGUUUUUCUGCCGUAGUUGGCCCAAAUGGUUCAGGUAAAUCUAAUGUCAUUGAUUCAAUGUUAUUCGUAUUUGGGUUUAGAGCUAGCAAAAUGAGACAAGAUCGAUUGUCUGAUUUGAUUCAUAAGUCUGAAAACUUCCCAGAUCUAAAAUCAUGUUCUGUAGAGGUACAUUUCGAAUAUGUGAUCGAUAAACCGGAUGGGACCACAAUUAUUAAUACUGUAAAGGAAAAACUUGUAAUAACUAGGAAAGCUUUUAAGAACAACACAUCGAAGUAUUAUAUUAAUGGAAAAGAAAGCAAUUAUACAUCAGUAACUAAAUUGUUAAAAGAUGAAGGAAUAGAUUUAGAUCAUAAUAGAUUUUUAAUUUUACAGGGUGAAGUUGAAAAUAUUGCUCAGAUGAAACCAAAGGCAGAAAACGACGGUGACGAUGGUUUAUUAGAGUACUUAGAAGAUAUUAUAGGUACCGCAAAAUACAAGCCCUUGAUUGAAAAAAAGUUCGAAGAAAUAGAAGCAUUGAAUGAAAUUUGUAUUGAAAAAGAAAAUAGAUUUGAAAUUGUAGAUAGAGAAAAGGCUUCAUUAGAGAGUGGUAAAGAUGAAGCUCUAGAAUUCCUCGAAAAGGAAAAAGAAUUAACAUUGGUAAAGUCCAAAUUAUACCAAUAUAAGCUAUGGCAAGACAAUAAGAAAUUGAGCACAACUUUGGAAAAAUUAUCCAAUAUAAAGGAGGAAUUUGAAGAAACUAAAAAAAAACAUUCAACUACAGAAAUUCAGAUGAAUGAGAUUUCUAAGUCUUAUCAUGAAAUGUUAAAAAAUAUAAAAGCGUCUCAAGAACAAGAAAAGAAAUUAAAUAUUCAGAAAAGGAAUUAUGAUACUGAAAGAGUCUCUUUAGAAGAACAAAGAAAAAAUAUUAUGAAGAAGAAAAAGAAAAUGGAGAAAGAACUUGAAGAUUGUAACAAAACCAUCUCUAAUACUAAAAUAAAGAUCGAAGAUUUGGGUAAAAAUGAAUCCGAAUAUGAAAGUCAACUCGAUGAAUUAAAUGCACAAUUACAAAUUGAAAGGGGACUCCUAGAAGAGAUAAAAAUAUCAUUAAAGGAUAAGACUAUAGAAUUUUCAGAUGAAAUUUCUCAACAUGAAAAAGAACUCGAACCAUGGAAUUUACAGCUACAAGGAAAGAAAUCCCAAAUCCAGGUGAAAGAAUCUGAAAUAUCAUUAAUUAAGGAAGGCAGAGUUAAACUUGAAAAUGAUAUCGAGAACCUUAACAGUUUAAUUUCUGUAAAAAUUGAAGAAAAGAUUUCAAGAGAAAAAGAAAUUGGCUCUCUCAGAAAUGAACUAAACAGAAUAACGAAAGAAGUUUCUAUCGGAGAUACAGAAUACACAAAUGCUAAGGAAAAACUGCGGGAAAUGAAAGCUGUUUUAAAUCAACAUAGACAAAAAGCAAUUGAUGCCAGAACUUCAUUAUCAGCAGAAGAAAACAAGAACCAAGUUUUAGCAUCCUUAUUCAGAUUACAAAAGUCAGGUAGAAUCUCCGGUUUUUAUGGAAGACUCGGAGAUCUUGGUGCAAUUGACGACAGAUAUGAUAUAGCAAUUUCAACAGCAUGUCCUAGACUAAAUGAUUUAGUAGUUGAAACUGUUGAAUGUGGACAACAGUGUAUAGAAUAUCUAAGGAAAAACAAACUUGGCUAUGCCAGAUUUAUUUUGUUAGAAAAACUAAGAAAUUUUGAUAUGAAUAAAAUCAGCACUCCAAAUAAUGUACCAAGAUUGUUCGAUUUAGUAAUUUCGUCUGAUCCUAAGUUCUUGCCAGCAUUCUAUAGUGUGCUUAGAGACACUUUAGUUGUAAAUAAUUUAAAGGAUGCUAAUCGAGUUGCCUAUGGUAACAAAAGAUUCAGAGUAGUGACAUUAAGUGGUGAAUUGAUUGAUGUUUCAGGUACAAUGAGCGGUGGUGGUACUCAGACUUCAAGAGGUUUAAUGAAAUUGACAAAGAGCGGUAACAGCGGGUUUAAAUCAUACACUAUUGAAGAUGUAGAAAAAAUUGAAAAGGAAUUGGCAGCAAGGGAGAAGAAUUUUGAAAUUGCUAAUGAAACUUUUACCGAGAUGGAAACUGAAUUAAGAAGAUUGAAAGAUAGAAAACCAGAUGUUGAACUUGAAAUUUCAAAAUUUGAACUGGAAAUCACAUCCUGGGUAACCGAACAUGAAUUAAUGCAACAACAAUUAAAUGAAAAGCAGCAAUCUCUGGAUGAAUGUAUGUCUAAUAAUGAAGAAUUAUCAACAAUGGAACAUGAAUUAGGAACUUUACAAAAUGACUAUAAGUCUUUACAAUUAGAAACAAAAUCAAAAAAGGAUAGGAUUAAAUUUUUAAAAGAUGAAAUAAUGAAAGUAGGUGGUAUAAAACUUCAAGUUCAGAGUUCAAAAGUUGACUCGAUUAUUCAAAAGAAGGAUAUUUUAAAUGGAAAACAUAAGAAGGAUAAGAAUGAUUUAAAGAAAGCAGAAACCGAAUUAAAGAGGCUUUCAAAGAAACAAUCUGAAUGCAGUACCGACUUACUCACUUCUACGGAUAAACUUGAAAAUACAGACGGUCAAUUGUCUAAAAUAUCAAAAUCUUUAUCUGAGACAGAGACUUUACUUCAUGAAUUAGAAUUUUCUAGGGAAGAAUCUUUACAAAACUCUGAAAAUUUAAAGGAUCAAUUAAAGGAAUUUGAAGAAAAUCUCAACUCGUUUAAAGUUUUUCAGUUGGAACACCAAAACAAGGAGGAGAAGCUUAAUAACUUAUUAAAUUUUAUUAAGAAGGAUAUUAGAAGUACUGAUUCUGAACUACAAUCUCUAAAAAUUAGAGAUAUCACACAUACAUUACAAGAGUUAGAUAAUGGAAAUAUUGAUCAAGACGAAGAGGACGUAUCGAUGAAGGACAAUGCUGUUAGUGUAUCAGCAAACAAUUCCUUAGGAAAUUCUGAAAAUAUGGAGGGUGUUGAGAUAGAAACUAAUGAAAGUGAUGUAAGUCCAGAUGCUAAUAAUGAUUUAGAAAUGGAAAUAGAUGAAGAUAAUAAUGAAAUAUCAAAGGGUAUACCAAGAAUUUCGGAAGAUGAAUUUAAGAAUGUGGAUGUGGAAGAACUAGAAGCUCAGAAACUUCAAUUACAAGACUACAUCGACACAGUUAAUGUCAAUAUUGAUGUUUUGGAGGAAUAUGCUAGGAGAGUGGCCGAAUAUAAAAGAAGAAAACUAGAUCUAAACAAUGCAGUUGAUGAGAGGGAAAAAGUACGUGAAUUAUUAGAUAAAUUGAAGAAAACUCGUUUUGAAGAAUUUAUGCAAGGAUUCGGCGUAAUCUCAAUAACAUUAAAAGAAAUGUAUCAAAUGAUCACUAUGGGUGGUAAUGCAGAACUUGAACUAGUUGAUAGUCUGGAUCCAUUCUCUGAAGGUGUUACUUUUAGCGUCAUGCCUCCAAAAAAGAGUUGGCGUAACAUUACAAAUCUUUCUGGUGGUGAAAAAACAUUAAGUUCAUUGGCGCUUGUUUUUGCUUUACAUAAAUAUAAGCCAACGCCUUUAUAUGUAAUGGAUGAAAUAGAUGCAGCUUUGGAUUUUAGAAAUGUAUCUAUUGUUGCUAAUUAUAUCAAAGAAAGGACAAAGAAUGCGCAAUUUAUUGUUAUUUCUCUUCGUAAUAACAUGUUUGAAUUGGCUGAACAAUUGGUUGGUAUUUAUAAAUCGAAUAAUCAAACAAAAAGUGCCACUUUGCAAAAUAAUGAUAUCAUUAACAGAGAUUAA